UAUGAGUGUGGUAGAGGACGGUGUGCUGUUAUCACAUUUGAUGAGUAGUGAUAUACAUGAAAUGAAAUAUGAUUUGUCAUGUGAACUCUACAGAAUGUCUACAUACUCUGUUUUCCCAGUCAAUGUUCCAACCUCAGAAAGGAGUCUUGCUCAGGUUGGAUUUUAUUACACUGGUAUGAAUGACAGAGUUAAAUGUUUCUGUUGUGGCUUAAUGCUGGAUAACUGGAAACAAGGAGAGAAUGCGAUUGACAAACAUAAACAGCUAUAUCCUAGCUGUGCCUUUAUUCAGAAUCUGGUUUCAGUUAAUCUGGGAUCUUCUCAAUCUACAUUUUCUUCUUCAGUGAAUAAUGCCACAUGUUCAUUAUCUCUCAGUUCAGAACAGAGUGGAUAUUUCAGUGGUUCUUAUUCCAGUUUUCCACUGCAGCCAGUGAUUUCCAGAGGAGUUAAGGACUUGUCCCCUUUGAACACCAGCCCCUACAGUUAUUCUAUGAGUACUGAAGAGGCCAGAAUUCCUACUUACCAGGCAUGGCCGUUGACAUUUCUGUCACCAUUAGAUCUGGCAAGAGCUGGCUUUUAUUAUAUAGGGCCUGGAGACAUGGUAGCUUGCUUUGCCUGUGGCGGAAAACUAAGUAACGGGGAACCAAAAGAUGAUGCCAUGUCAGAGCACCAAAGACAUUUUCCUCACUGUCCUUUCUUAGAGAGUCAAAUCCAAGAAAAAUCAAGGUUCAAUGUUCCUAAUCUGAGCAUGCAAACCCAUGCAGCCUAUGUGAAAACCUUUGUGACCUGGCCACCUCAAAUUCCAGUUCAUCCAGAGCAGCUUGCAAGUGCUGGCUUUUAUUAUGUGGGUCGAAAUGAUGAUGUGAAGUGCUUUUGCUAUGAUGGUGGACUGAGGUGUUGGGAAUCUGGACAUGAUCCUUGAGUGGAACAUGCCAAAUGGUUCCCAAGGUGUGAGUAUUUGAUACGAAUGAAAGGUCAAGAGUUUGUUGACCAAGUUCAACCUAGGUACCCUCAUCUCCUUGAACAGCUAUUAUCAACUUCAGAUAUGCCAGGAGAUGAAAAUGCUGAUCUACCAAUUAUUCAUUUUGGACCUGGAGAAAAUAAUUCAGAAGAUACAGUCAUGGUGAACACUCCAGUGAUUAAAGCUGCUUUGGAAAUGGGCUUCAGUAGAAGUCUAGUAAAACAGAUUGUUCAGAGUAAAAUCUUAACUACUGGAGAAAAUUACAAAACAGUCAAUGAGGUUGUAUCGGAUCUCCUCAAUGCAGAAGAUGAAAAAAGGAAAGAAGAGAAAGAGAGACAAACUGAAGAAAUGGCAUUAGAUGACCUGACAUUAAUUCAGAAGAAUAGAAUGGCUCUGUUUCAGCAUUUGACCUGUGUACUUCCUAUCCUGGAUAGUCUCUUAACAUCCAGUGUGAUUAAUGAGCAGGAACAUGAUGUUAUUAAACAAAAAACACAGACGUCUCUACAAGCAAGAGAACUGAUUGAUACCAUUUUAGUCAAAGGAAAUGCUGCAGCCAGUGUAUUUAAAAACUGUCUCAGAGAAAUUGGUUCUGUGUUAUAUAAUAAUUUAUUUGUGGAAAAGAACAUGAAGUAUAUUCCAGCAGAAGAUGUUUCAGGUCUUCCUAUGGAAGAACAACUUAAGAGAUUACAAGAAGAAAGAACAUGUAAAGUUUGUAUGGACAAGGUUUCUAUUAUAUUUAUUCCUUGUGGUCAUCUAGUAGUAUGCAAAGAAUGUGCUCCUUCUCUAAGAAAAUGCCCUAUUUGCAGGGGUAUAAUCAAAGGUACAGUAUGUGCAUUUCUUUCAUGA